AUGGCUCCACUGAGGCUCACCUGGAGUGCUUUUCCGGUCCCCAGGGAGCACCUAAACCACGGAGCUUGCGAGCCAGUGGUAGAAUACACCUACAACUUGACUGGGAACUUGAGCAGAAACUCCAGCAUAGAAGUCGGCAUAAGUAGCCAUGAAAAAAUGCAAUCUGUACAUAAGAUGUUUAAAUGCCACCCUGAUGAGGUCAUGUCCAUCAGAACCACUAACAGGGAAUAUUACCUCAUUGGCCAUGAUAGGGAGAAGAUUAAAGACUGGGUGUCCUUCAUGUCAUCAUUUUGCUGGGACGUCAAAGAAGCACGCCAGAAUGCAGAGCAGGAGAAAUUCUCACUGGGUGGUAAAAGGCCCUUGUCAGACCCCAGCCCUCUCCUUGGUCCUUCCAGCACAUCAGAGGCUGUCAGACCCACUACACCAAGGAACAGUCUUCCAGACAUGCAUUUAAUGGAAAAAAACUCUCCAGGACAAGCUCAUCAGCCACAUGAUUUCUUGUCAGAGACUACUGAAGACACAGAAGAAGAGAGUCAUUAUAUUAGUCCUCGAAGUAUUCUUUUAGAGUUGGAUACUUCUAUUGCUUCCAAUGAUCCUGGUGAAUCUGCUGACCCUGGUAGUCCAGUGCAGUUCUUGGAGAGAACUGAACAUCAUUACAUACCAAUGAGUUCCUGUUUUUUCAGAGAGACAUCCCACAACUCUGCCGAUAGCAAAGAGGGAUCGCAGGCCAUUCCAGACAUUCAGAACGGGGGGCUUCACUUGCAAGAACAAGGCUCACAAAGUGACUCCUGUCUUCCACCUGCCAAUAUGGAAGCACGGACCAUGAAUGACAAAAAGGGUAACAUCCCUGAUGAAAGCCAAGUGAAGAAACUGAAUGUGUUCCUUUCUCCUUCUGACAUCAUAAAUUAUCUUAGCCUCAUUGAAGCUGCAGGACGGAUAUGUGUGGCUCAGUGGCAAGGCCCCCCGCGCCUGGGAUGUUUAUUUUUUCACGGAGAUCACAUUUUGGCCGUGAAUGACCUGAAGCCCCAGGGCCUGGAGGAGGCUUCCUUGUUUCUCAGCCGGUCUGUUCAGGAGAAAAUAAAACUCACCAUCGGCCGGAUCCCAAAUUCAGAGAAAUUCCAUGCUGUAGCCUGUACGUGCCCUUUAAAACACAAAGGGGUUGUGCCUCUUCCACCGGGUAAAUCUGGACUGGAGAAGACAUUGAAGAGGAGUCCCGCCAUUAAAAAGGGUCAGGACAAAGGAACUGGAGAGUAACACUCCAGGACCCCCUGCGUAGGAGCAAGGAGAGGCCCUGGACUCUGGGGGGGCUCUGCCUCCACGACUGUGUGACAUAACACAAAGCAGCACACCUCUCUGGUUUUCUGCAUCUACAUCUUAACGGCGGGGAAAACUAUUCCCCCUCUGCCUAUUGCAUCAGGGACGUUGAGAGGGUCCCAGGGGAGAAUGACUGUGGAAUGCCCAGAAAAUGUAAGGCCUUAUCAGCUCAGACAUUGUCCCACACAUCACAGAGGCUGGAUAAGUCCCUCAUCUGAA